ACAGCAGUUUCCAGGCAGCAGCGCGAUGGCGGAAAGCGCGAGACAUAUUACAAUUCAGAGAGGGAAAACAUUACCUCAGUUUCAGCGAUGCAAAAGUUGUUGUCACUAUUACCACUGCCCUUUUUGUGCAGCCAGUGUCUUUAAGCCUACGACAAUGAACAAAUUAAAAAUGCAUCUUCAAAGCCACUACGGAAAGGCCUUUGUCCAUGGAGACUUCCUUAUUCACAGAUGUGGAUUGGGCUGUAGAGCAUCACUCCAUUACCACUGUUUGUACUGUGCAAGUACAGUUCUAAGGAGAGAUGAUUUUACAAACCAUUUACAAGUCUGUAAACGUAAACCGAUUCCUACUUCAGCCAUAGAAAUGCCAUUAACCACCAGGCCAACAGUGACUUACCUAGUAGUCAAAGAAAUACCGUCAACCUCCAUUGCAAAUAUAACUGCUUCAACGAUCAACGAAUCAUCGUCAACAAACUGUACAACAGUGACCGCUUCAAUGGUCAAUGAAUCGCCCUCAGCAACCGAUACAACACUGACUGCUCCAGCAAUCAACGAAUCACUGUUUACAAUUGAUGCAUCAGUGAUUGCAUCAACAAUCAACAAAUCACUGCCAACCACCAGUACAACAAAGACUGCUGUGGCAAUCUUUAAAAGAGAAACAAAAACCGCAGCCACCUCAUCAUCCACCAAAAUUUCCCUGGGCAGGGUUCGUGUGCGGCCCGUUAUUAAAAGAAGAUGCCCAAUUUGCAAUACCCUCAUGAAUAGACACAACCUACAGACACAUAUUGACCGCAGACACACUGAACAGCCAAUAAAGGACAUUAAUGCCAAGUUCCACCUGACCAGCCAGUGUAUUGACAAGUCAAACGGCAUAUUUACAGUUCUUAAAGUUUCAAAAGGACACAGUAUACCACUGCACAUACAGUACAAGACCUGGGGAGAAAACCACAGAGUCGUCUGCGAAUCCAACGAGUGCCAGGUGAACAUGGAAGUGGCGCAGAGGAGCGGCCUGCUGUCAUACCAAUGCAAGCAUAUCCGGUCAGUGACCUACUGCAUGUCUUCGGCCGGACAGGUCACCCUGGAAGAAGAAGUUUUGACAGAGAUGGUAAAAACAGUUCGGUUUAGCGAGAUAAAUAAAAAUGCGUGCCUUGCUCGGCAGCGGCUCGCCAACAGUAGCUGCACGCCACUGUCUGUUCACACCACAAUCGGCGUUCCGCAAACAAAGAAAUACAUUUCCGUUUUCGAACCCAAUGAGUCCCAUUACAGUCGUUUGGGGCGUGUCAUGGUUGUCUACAACACCAAAUCAAACACAUGGCAUUGCCCCUGUGCCAAAGUGAGGCGUUCAUGUGUACACAAACACGUUGCCCAGUGGCACCUAUUCCAAACACACCGCAAGCUGUUCUCAACAGUCUUCAACACGGAAGAAUCGGUACUUAAAGAGCAUGAGUAUGCAUACACAGGGGAGGAAUGCAUCACAGAUGACAAUACUGCAUAUCCCCCGGAAGGUCUGGAACUGGAAAAUAUGGUAAAUUACAUUUUUCAGAACAAAAAGAUACCUGCCGGCCUGCCAGACAAUAUACGUGUACCAUCAACGGACAAAGACUACCCAAGACAUCUUUUUCCACAUGAAAUUGAAUGUCAGAGAUGUCCAGGCACUGCCCUCCUUAGUGAUCCUAUGCUGAUUACACAAAGGGCAAAGAUACUCACCAACUGGCGCAUUAUUGAAGAUGUCGCCACCUACUGUAAGCGGUGCCCGCAGUGUGGAAUGUUUUAUCGGUACCAAGAGUGGAAAGACUGCCUCCAUAACUUCAAUGACCACAUCAUCCUUGACACACCAUUGUGUUUUACCUUGAGAAACCUUCUCCAGGUCCAUACUGCCAUGAGCCGAGCAGUUGAUUUUUUACAGCUCAUGACAGGUGUGGAGUUUCCACUGCCAGACACCAUGCUGCAUGCAUAUUUACACUUCGAGGCUCUUACAGAUCAUGAAUACAAGUAUUCAUGUGCUUCCUGUGGCGAUCAUCCUCCAGUGGUGCUCGUGGCUGGGUUUCAGGGUGGUUUCCAGUUAUCAGUAAGUGACAUUGAGGAAUCUCCAGAGAAUUUUAAAGGGCAGGUCAAUCUGGAAAAGUUUUGGGAAGCGGUGUCCAAAGAGAUGAUUGGUCGAGGAUUUGUUGCAAGUGAUGGACAUAAUCCAUUUGCAGUACCACCAACUUUUCACUUUUGGGCUCCUUGGAUUGGCAAGAGCACACGAUGUUCAGACACUGUGCUAAACACAGAGUUUGAAAAAGUUUCAAGGUCUGCAUCUGAGAUCUCAGAAAUGACAGCUUCAGAAGAAAGGCUUCGAGAAAAACUUUACAAACAGAAGGUUGACGUGAUAAGAACAUUAUGCAAAGAAUGUGGUUUGGACUCCACCGGAUCUCAUAGUGACCUCCUACUUAGAUUGUCAAAAGAAAUAAAAUCAAGACAAACAUAUGACAAAGUCUUUGAGAAAAUCUGGGCUACCUCUGGAGGCUGGGAAGUGGUCAUUUGCCCCUGUGGAAUUGUGUACAGUUUGAAAUGCAAUCUUCAUGCUGAGAGCCCUCGAGACUUUGCUGACUUACUGUUAUCCUGGAGACACAUGCCAAAUGUCAUCAUUUAUGACUUUGCACAGGGUCUUGCAACCCACACCAAUCUGAGGGCACCAGAAAAGGUCCUCAUCUCUCCAUUUGAAGGAUGCUUGAUGGAACCCACUCAAGCUAAUAUAGAACUGGCCCAGAGUGGAAUGUUGGCAGUUUCACUGCCUUGGCUGGAUGCUAAAAAGACAGUGGCAGAUCUCCAUGGACACCCAGUGACAGGCUCCUCUGAUCACUACGUGCUGUAUGAUCCGUUUCAGGAAAUCAAUACUGAAGACAGUGGGGAUGUUCUAAGGAAGUUCACAUUAGUACCACAGCUGGCUGGGAAAGUGAACAGUCAGGCUGCAGAGCAACUGUUGGACAAGAUGAAGAAAAACAGCUACUUUUUGAACAUGUCUUCACCAUCAACACAUCUGUUUCAAAUGAGGAAUAUAAUUCACCACUAUAAUGAGUACAAAAACAAGAGCCGGACAGUUUGGAUGAGCUGUGAUGGAGAAGACGAUUGAAGCGAAAAUGUACAAAUGUACAAUGGAUGACAAGUUUUUUUUCCCUGUUAAUGUUUUGUUUUAAAUUUAUUAGAUAUUUUUUAACUCUAAAUGCAAAUUAUUUGUCUUGAGUUGAUUGUUUAAUUUUUUUUUAAUUUUAUUAAAAUAUGUUUAACCUUACAAGUUUACUUGCAUUGUCCAAUAUCUUGAUCCUGUUGGUUAGCAAAUGUGUUGAAAAUGGCUGUAAUUUUAAUAAAGAAGCUAAUUUUA